UAAGAAAGUCCAGAAAGAGCCAGCAUUUCAAAGGUGUCCUCUUUGCUGUCUUGUUCAGGAACAGUUACAUGACAAACAAACUAACCUAAAACUUCCUACUUCUUUUUUGACUUAUUAUCCAUUUCUCUCGCGCCCUAGUUUCUUCUCGAUCAUAGUUUUCGAUCCAUCAAUCAACUUAUCUGUUGAUUAAUUGAUUAAUUUUGAACACUGUUUCUACGAUCGUUGCUUAUACACUUUGCGGAGAUGUCAUACGCUUAUCUUUUCAAGUACAUAAUAAUUGGAGAUACCGGAGUGGGGAAAUCAUGUCUUCUUCUGCAGUUUACAGACAAGAGGUUUCAGCCUGUGCAUGACUUGACCAUUGGUGUUGAAUUUGGGGCCAGAAUGAUUACAAUUGAUAACAAGCCCAUUAAGUUGCAAAUUUGGGAUACGGCUGGUCAAGAAUCUUUUAGAUCUAUCACAAGGUCCUACUACAGAGGGGCAGCAGGUGCUCUUCUGGUUUAUGACAUUACCAGGAGGGAGACUUUUAAUCACCUUGCUAGUUGGCUGGAGGAUGCAAGGCAACAUGCUAAUGCAAACAUGACAAUCAUGCUUAUUGGUAACAAAUCUGAUCUUGCACAUAGGCGGGCAGUAAGCACCGAGGAAGGCGAGCAGUUUGCCAAGGAACAUGGAUUGAUAUUCAUGGAAUGUUCUGCUAAAACAGCUCAAAAUGUUGAGGAGGCUUUCAUUAAAACUGCUGCUACAAUCUACAAGAAGAUUCAGGAUGGAGUUUUUGAUGUAUCAAAUGAGUCUUAUGGCAUUAAAGUUGGAUAUGGAGGCAUACAAGGAAAUGCUGGUGGUAGAGACGCCUCCACUUCUCAGAACGGAGCCUGCUGUGGUUGAAUAUGAUGGUGAUAUCAUUAGAAUAUCUAUGCUGCAGUCUCUUCGGUUUGACACUUUGAUCGUAUAGCGGGUUUUUUAUGUUAAAUCUGUAAAUUAUGUACACAUUAUCCCUUUUCACCAUUUGUGAAGCUUAAAAUGUAUGUAAUUAAUUGUGGGUGGAAACUCUUGAAUAUUUGGUUUGUUAUUUGUUUAGAAGUUACCCCUUUCAUACCUGUUGGAGACAUGAAUUGUAAAUUUGUUUGAAUCUUUAUUUGCUUAAUCUUGUUCUAUAGCAUUAGAGGAACCCCUCCAUUGCUAUCAUAGUACCA